CCCGGCCGAAGUCGGGUACUUGGCGCAUAUCUCGCCCAAAGACAGCGCGAGCGGCAGGGUGAGCAGAGAAACGAGAAGCCAGCUGCAUGUGGUGUGCUGAGAACAGGCAUGUGAGUCGGUCAGCGGAGAAGACUGACCCCCAGAGGAUAGUGGCAGGCCCUCCCGCGGCGAGGGAGGUGGCCAAGGGGGCUGCGAGGCCGUAGGCUACAGAACGUUCGUCGGAACCAAAGGGGCAAUAAGGGGGAUGCCUUACGAACGGCCAUGAUCGCUUUGUAGCCUCAGCGAUGCCACUACUUAACUCGUAGAGGACAACGGCUUACCCAAGGAUCUGGGAUAGCCCGCGCGACUGGGGAUGUGAAUCGGGACAACCUGUCCACGCGAAAAGAAAACUGCACACACACGGGUCAUCUCCUGCUCAUAACCUAGUUUCUGCAAAUCUUGCGCAUGUGUUGGGGACUCAGAGUCAGACAUCACUGGAC